AGAAAACAGAAGCGGAAUGCAAAUAUCAAGCGAAGGAUUUUCAGCUAUGGAAUGAUAAAGAAAUCGUUCGAAUCCGCCGCGGCCGUGAAACGUAUAUUUGCCCUCUGUGCGAGUCUGAGGAUUGCAUUGAUCAUGAAACUAAUGUUUGCCUCGUGUGUGAUACAAUUGUGCACCCAAAUAUCAUUGUUUCUUGCCGCGAAUGUAAACAUAUUUGCUCUGCAUUACCUAGUGUGAAAUUAGCUCCCGUGCCUGAGGACCCGGAUGAAGAACCGGAGUGGUGCGAGAUGGAGGCAUUUUGUUCAGAUAUGACUUUUAUGGUGGAACUGUCGUGUGGUCAUAAAUUGUGUUUAGGCUGUUUUUCUAGUUAUGCAGCUGAUUGUUGUAAAACGUUUAAAAAUGUGGUGUAUGACGAGUUUACAAAAAGCUUCAUCAUGCGUUGCUUUGCAGACUGCAAUAUCCCGCAUCCUCUCGAUCUUCUUCGUCUUGGCGGCAGCUCCAACUGGAAGCUUCUAAACGAGAAAAUGCUAGAAUACCGCACUCACCUCGACCAAAACCGCUGCAUCUGCCCUCUUCCUCGCUGCGGCGCGAUCAUCGAAGGCGUUCCGCCGAUCUCCGAGCAGAAAGUGGUGCGCUGCCCGACCUGCCAGCGCGAGUUUUGCCGGCAUUGCAACGAGGAAGCGAAGAACGGCGAGUGUCCUCACA